CUGUUCGCUUUCCAAAAAAAUCUUGUUUUAGCACGGCCUGGAGCGAAACGAGUGCUUGAAAUCAAUCCUGGUCAAGUUAGAAUAAAACCGGAUGUAGUUCGAUUACCUGGUUGCUUUACAUUAGAGAUCAAAAACAUGCGGGUAAAAGAUGAUCCAAAUAUUAUUGGCAACUCAUUCUUUGCAAAGGCCGAAUAUCAGUGGUGGAAUGUGAAAGAUUUCUCAAAUUUGAAAUGUCAGAAUGCUUCCAAUAAUGGUUGCGGUGGCUAUGGAAAUAACUGGUCACUGUCAGUUUAUUCAAAUUGUCUAUUUUAUAUGACUUUGGUCUUUAGCUAUUACUGUGACGUUUGCCAUUCCCUAACCGAAAUUGACAGUGGCGAUGCUGGUGUGUCCGAUUCGAUUGCAAGCCAGCUAAAAGGCAUCAGUUGUCCAAAGCGACCAGGAUUUUAUACUUUUAGAAAAGAAUUUUGUUUCAACGACUGGGCCGCAUUUGACACUGACGGCGAUUGUGAAAUGGACUUUUUGCAAGGAGACCGAGGCGACUACAAGGGCGCAUUGGCUAGUUUGCAACAAGUUGGCUACGGUUCCGUGAUAGCGAAGAUACGGCUAGCUUUCAAUGCUACAGGUGCUGUCGAAAGAAAGCGAAUAUUGAAAGAAGCUCAGAUUGAAGAAAGUGUGGCUAGGUAGGU